UGGCAUGCUGAAGUACCACGGGGCCACGGAAGAUCUUCGGACACCGGAUCAGACGCAGCUGCCUCCCGGCUGCUAUUUUCACUCAGCUUAAAGCGCCAUGGGCAGCCAGCAUCUACGCCAUGGACUACCCACAACAACCACUCUCUCAUUGCACGCCAUGAAGUCCACUGCAGGCGAGCACGGGCUUGCUCAUGCUCAUCCCGCACAUGAUACCCAAAGCUUGCCCUCAGACCCUGAUGAACUUGACAGUGGUAGCGACAGCUCUGAGAAAUCCACCGGUGCCUGGAGCCCUACUCAGGGCCACAAGGAAGGGUGGAGGCGCCGUGGGGGCCGUAGACUUACAUGCGUGAGCAAACAGCGGCAGGCAGCUAACGCUAGGGAGCGAGACCGCACGCACAGCGUCAACACCGCCUUCACGGCUCUACGCACCCUCAUCCCCACGGAACCAGCCGACAGGAAGUUGUCAAAAAUUGAGACUCUGCGCUUGGCAUCAAGCUACAUUUCGCACCUGGCUAAUGUGCUUCUACUAGGGGAGGACUGCAGUGAUGGGCAACCCUGCCUGAAAUAUCACAACAUUUUACAAAGCAACACCAACCUCAAAACCGCCCCAGUAAAACCCAUCUGCACUUUCUGCUUGAGUAACCAAAGGAAACUGCUAAGAGAUGGGGGAAAGCAUACGACCGCAUGACAGCAAGGGUUAUCCAACUGAUCGGUGCUACAUAUGAGCUCCCAACUUCUAAAUGUUUACGUGUAAAGAGACAUCAUCACCUUGCACAGAGACAAGAUAUUUUACUGUAUGUUCUUUUUUGUCCUAAAAGGACAGAGGACAGAUGGAAAGAGUGACGAGAAGAAUCUACGAAUACUGCACUUUUUUGCAUUUACUAUCUGUGUUGCAUAUGCAUGUGUGUCCACCUUAUCAACUGAGUUUUGGUUAAUGUAACCUGAGAAUAUGUGUAAAGUUGCACCUGGUGGGAGGCUAUUUCAGUAUCAGAUAUAGUGAGCUACACCAUCCCUCGCCUUAAAAAACAGUCUUGUGUCUGUCUCUCGCACGUCACAUGAUGGUAAUUGAAACCCUGCGGUUUGCAGUGGUCGCUGUCAGUACAACAGUGGGCAAAAUCCCAUCCCCUCCCUCUUGUCUCUACAUCUAUGAUGGGACCACGAUCCCAACAUGGCUCUCAAGAGACUGUAAACAAGAUUCUAACCUCUGCAUGAUAAUUUGGGUUGGGCAAAGCAUGCUAAAGAUUUAUGAGAGUUCAAAUGGCGCAUGACUUCUUGCUGAAGGUGGAACUAUUUCGUAAUGAGAAUAUAACUUUUAAGAGUGUCUUGGAGCCUGGUGUUAGUCAGCAGACAAGCUGUCACACUGGGUCAUGACCCUGACACCUAUGUUGAAUGGCCCUUUCCCAAAUGCCACCUUCAGCCCUUGCAGUUCUUCUCUGAGUGCACACUUUGUUGAUGUCAUUUCACAGAUUCUUAGAUAGUGUUUACACCUGUGAGGUUUCAGCAAAAGGGGGCACAUUGUUGCCCCAAAGUGGGUUCUCGUGAGCACUCUCCUGACCCUCUGCAGUCUUCUGGACUUUAUGGACACGUGUGAGCAAAGGCCAAAUGACAAGUCCAGCUCAAGUGCACCAUUUGGGACAGGCUCUUGUGCACACUACAAGACAGGCUGGUCGCAUUGCGCACAUUUAAAGACUCAAAGUUUCUAUUUUUUGUUGCGCUGUUGACGUUAAAGUGUGCACUUAAUGCCAAUUUUUCACAGACUAGGUGUUUCAGUAACUUUUUAAUUUCAUGAUCUGGGGAUUUAGGCAGCAAGAUUAAAGCAAGAAAGUAAAAUUCCUUCAUUCUUGUAGUGUGCACAAGGCACAGUUCAUUUUUUGUUGUUUACAUAAACAGAAUAGGAAUCACAAAUUUGAUCCUAACAUUUUCUGUGAUUAUAACUUGAGUGAUGAUGCAAUUGCAAUGUUAAACUCUUCCAUGUGCAGAGUUAGAAAUACUUAGGCAGGGCCGAAGCUAGUGGGGUGAAAGGUGGUAACGAUUCUAGGGGCCCAAAGAUCCAAGGGGCCCCACAACAAAUUCUAAACUGUAUUUUUUUUAUAUAGGAAAGGGACCCAGAGCAAUAUACAGUCAGGGGGCCCAGAUGACCUUGCUAUGGCUCUGUACUUAGGUAAAGCAAAUUUAGAAGAACGUAGCAAUUACUAUCCAAAAUGUUUACCUGCGUUUGUUGCACAAGUCUUUUUGUCGAACUGCUAAUGCCAUGAUUUUUUUUUAUCAUCAAUUUGUGAAAAACUAAUUUUUUUUUUUUCUCCUUUCAUAAGCAAAUGUGCACAACCAAAAAAAUUCUAGUGCAAAUAUCAUGCAUUAAUUGUACUUGAAUUACUAUAUUACAAGAUUAUUGCCAGUCUUUUGUAAAUAUUUGAACACCGCCUUUGUUAACCCCUGGGUCAAAAUUAAUUUCAACAGUAAUAUGGCCUACUUUCAAAACUUUUUAAACAUAGACCCAUCAUAUUCUGAUACUUGAAAAUUGCUUUUUUUCUUUUUCUUUUUUGAUCCUUUGCACAUGGCAAUCAUCAAACAAGCUGCUAUUUAAUUAUUUUUGUACAAGAAAUCUUCCGUACUCUUCAUGACUUUUUUUUUUUUUUUUUUCAAAUCAUUAAAAUUAUUUUUGAAAACAUGUUCAUUCAGCAUGGUUUAUCCUGAGACGUGGUUUGCAGUGCCCCCUGGUGGAAAAUGUA